GAAUAAAUUAAAAUACGCAGCCCAUCCCAUCUCAUAAGCGAGAAAAAAAAGUGAGAUAAAUUUUCCCAGUCAACAAACAACAUCGAGAACAUCAAGCAGCGAAAUUUUGUGUUCUCCCGUCUCUGCAAGGUUUUGAAGUAUAUAACUUGAUGACGGAAAGUGUUGAGUAUGCUAUAUAGUUUUCUCUUUUUCUAGUGGAGAAAGGAAUACGUACAGAGAAGAAAAGGGUCCUUUUUUUCUCCUCCUACUUUCUUGAAUUCGGUUUAGAAAGUUGAACCUCAUCCUGUUUUUAGAGUUAUUUUUCACUUUUGGGUUUUUGUAAUAGUUGUAAAAAAGUUGUGAUUUUCGGUACUGGGCUUUUGGAGAGAGGAGGGGUUUUCAGAUCUUUGGAGAGGUAAAAAAGUGUUACUAAUAAGGGUUUUUGUAUUGGUUGAUUGAGAUUGGGGAAUUAAAUGAUUUUGUGUGUUUGCUUUUGAUUUUGUGAAUAGGGAGGGGUUUUUCAUCUCUGUUCUUUCCUUGACUUUUUGGAAGUAUAGAUUGGAGAUAGAGUGGCCUUUGGUUGGGUACAACACAACGGUCUUAUUCUAUAGCUUAUCUUGAAGUGGGUUUAUUUGAUACUAGGGAUUGCAGAUUUUGGUUUCGGUUGAUGAAUUCUGAUAUAUUUUGGAUUGGAUAUUUCGGGAAGCAUUGUUGUUGUUCUGUUAGGCUGGGGAGGCAUUUUGUCUUGUAUUUAUAAAUUAUGCUCAAACAAAUACUUAGUAAGCUUCCGCGAAAGUCAUCUAAGUCAACUGCAAAUCGUGACCACAGUGGUAAUCAGGCAGCCAAUCCAAAUGCUUCUAGUGGCUCAAGAAGUAGUGUUGGCAAGUCCGCCAAUUCAAGCAUCUCAUCCAUAGCAGUAAAUAGUUCUGUCCCAGAUGUAGCAAUUCAUCAUGGAGUGAAUUCGAAGUUGAAUGGAACUCUAGGGUUUUCUCAGUAUGAAGGACUGCCUGGAUUCAAGGAUGUUCCAAACUCUGAGAAGCAGAGUUUGUUUAUUAAAAAGUUGAACAUGUGUUGUUUCUUAUUUGACUUUACUGAUCCUACGAAGAACCUCAAGGAAAAGGAGACAAAGCGACAGACGUUACUGGAGUUGGUGGAUUAUGUAACUUCCAUUAGUGGUAAAUUCUCUGAAACUGCUAUGCAAGAGGUUAUGCAAAUGGUGUCUGCGAACUUGUUUCGGACAUUCACCCCUCAACCACGUGAGAACAAAGUUAUAGAUGGUGUUGAUUUGGAGGAGGAUGAGCCUUCAAUGGAUUCAGCAUGGCCGCACUUGCAAAUUGUGUAUGAACUUUUCUUAAGGUUUGUAUCUUCUACCGAGACAGAUGCAAAAUUGGCAAAAAGAUAUAUCGAUCAACCCUUUGUUCGUAGGUUGCUGGACUUAUUUGACUCUGAAGAUCCCAGAGAAAGGGAAUACUUGAAAACAAUUCUUCACCGCAUCUAUGGAAAAUUCAUGGUGCAUCGUCCAUUCAUCAGGAAAUCUAUCAAUAACAUUUUCUAUCAGUUUAUUUUUGAGACUGAGAAGUACAAUGGUAUUGCUGAGCUUUUAGAAAUUCUGGGCAGUAUCAUUAAUGGGUUUGCUCUGCCAUUGAAAGAAGAACAUAAAAUGUUUCUUGUUCGUGCUAUGAUUCCUCUGCACAAGCCAAGAUGCUUAGCGAUGUAUCACCAACAAUUAUCUUACUGCAUUACACAGUUUGUGGAGAAAGACUGCAAGCUUGCUGAUACUGUAAUACAGGGAUUGUUGAAGUACUGGCCUGUCACUAAUAGUUCAAAGGAAGUCAUGUUCCUAAAUGAGCUGGAGGAGGUUUUAGAAGCAACCCAGCCAUCGGAAUUCCAGCGCUGUAUAGUGCCCCUGUUUCAGCAACUUGCUCGGUGUUUGAACAGUUCACACUUUCAGGUGGCAGAGAGAGCAUUGUUCCUGUGGAACAAUGAUCCCAUUGAGAACUUGAUCAUACAAAACCGCAAGGUUAUCCUACCCAUAAUCUUUCCUGCUCUGGAGAAAAAUGCUAGAAACCACUGGAAUCAAGCUGUCCGUAGCUUGACAUUAAAUGUACGCAAGAUCUUCGAAGAUCUUGAUCAUGAACUGUUCAAUGAAUGCCUACUAAAGUUUCAGGAAGAUGAAAAGAAGGAAGUUGAAAUUAAAGCAAGAAGUGAAGCUGCAUGGAAACGGUUAGAAGAGAUUGCUGCUCAGAAAACUGCAAGUGAUGACACGGUGGUUGUUCCUUGCUAAACAGUCACUUGCACCGCUUCAGGUUUGCUGUUUGCUGAAGCUUAGAUGUUUGUUGGUAUCAACAUGGACUGAAAUUUUUGUUGAGAUGGAUUCAUUAUAUUGAUAAUGCUUCUCUUAGGUGUUUGAUAUGGUUUAAAAUUCCUUUACCGCAUAAUAAACAUUUUGUAUAUUGAUCCUUCCAUUCUUACCAAGUUUUACUCUU